CUUUCUUUCCCAUGGAGUCCUUUAUAGUGAAGGAAAAAUCUCGCCUCGGUACCCAGGAGGGAGGACGGUCUGUAGUCGCGAACUAAUACACUUCUACACUUUUCUUUUAAAUUGAGAGCCUCGUCGAGAACUUAAGGGAUAUCUUCUGGGCAUGGAAAUGCUUGCCACAAAGCUGUCAUGUCUUGGCUGUAGUCAACCCUUUCAAAAAAGAAUGAAGUAACCGCAAUGGAGCCGGAAAAUGCCCCGCACUCCAAACUUAGACAGGCUGGAGUCGGGGGGAGAAUCUUAUUUCUCUGCACAGUCCUCUACUGUACUUGCUGUCUAGGGUUGGCCCAGGGGCAGCCUGAAGAUGUGGAUAUCCUCCAAAAGCUGGGCCUGGCGGGAAAAAGACCUUCAUCAGGGACACGAUCCAUUCUGUCAGGAGUCAUUCCCUUCAAGUCAGGAGUUAUCCUCACCCAGCGGGUACGAAUCGAAGUGCCUGUGGUCUCCGUGGUGCCAGUCCCAUUGAACACGGAGUUCUCCCUGAUCUUUAGCAUCUGUUCACAUCGCAUCAAUAAUGCUUUCCUCUUCACCAUUGUGUCAAAGAGGAAGAGACUACAGCUGGGGGUGCAGUUCAUCCCUGGGAAAAUUGUAGUGUACGUUGGCCAAAAGAACUCUGUAUAUUUUGAUUAUGACAUUCAUAAUGGCCAGUGGCACAACCUGGCUUUGGGCAUCCAACCCCAAAGGGUCACUUUAUAUACUUCUUGUGGGAAGACAAGUGUACAUGCAAAUUUGCAUUUUAAAAAUGAGGAAACUCUGGAUCCAGAAGGCUCCUUUCUUUUAGGCAAAAUGAGCCAGAACUCAGUGCAGUUCGAAGGAGCCAUCUGCCAGUUUGAUAUCCAUCCUUCUGCCAAGGCAGCUCACAAUUAUUGUAAGUACAUUAAAAAACAAUGCAGGGAAGCUGACACCUAUCGAGCAAACCUACCGCCACUUUUACCGCUGCUGCACCUGGAUCCCAAUAUCUCUGUCACUCUCCGGACCCCGAUGACCAUAACUGAGCUCAUAAACAAAGGUUUUACUCCCAGUCUGUCACAGGAUAAAACAAGGAUUAAUGCUGAAAUCUCAGGAGGACGUAAUAUGUCCAUUAAAAUGACAUCCCAGUAUGGUUCUUUGUCUCUGCCUGUGCAUGGAACAGUGCCUCCAAGGGUGCCCAGACCAACUCUGCAGAUUCCCACACAGGCCAAAAUACCAACUGUCACCCCCCUCCUUAGUAGCAGGGCAUCUCCAACAUUCCCCAAGCCCACCCAGCAGAGCAGUCCCCAAAAGGGGCUAACUAUAAAACGACAUAAAUCAAAAGAUAACUACAUGCCUGUGACAGCAAAGCCAACCAGAAGGAAGUUAGAAAGCGUUCAACCUUCAGCAGUGACCAAACCUUCCAUUGUUUUGACAAACUCAAAAAAGCAGCUGACUACUAUAGCAGUGAAGAGAUCUGUUCCAGAGUUGACCACCUUUCAGUACUCCAAGCACAACUCUUUUGUACCUGUCACCCCUGCAGCCACAGAUGGUCUUCAAACAUUUGACCUGGAACCAACAUACUUUUCCCUCCUGGUUGGACCACCUGGGCAAAAAGGAGAGCCAGGACCACUGGGCCCGCCAGGAGAGCCUGGGAAAACAGGAUUACCAGGGAAAAGAGGGCCUCGGGGUCCUCCAGGUCCACAUGGAAACCCCGGACAGCCAGGGCCUAAAGGACUCAAGGGAAGAAAGGGAGACCCUGGACUCUCCCCUGGCAGAGAGCCAAAUGGAGAAAAAGGGGGCCCUGGAAUAUUGGGGCCACCUGGACUACCUGGUCAAGCAGGUCGAAAGGGACAAAAAGGUCAUCCUGGUCCACCUGGCCAUCCUGGAGAGCCUGGGGCACAAGGGCCAGAUGGAAACCUGGGUGCCAAAGGUUAUCCUGGCAGGCAGGGGUUGCCUGGACCAAUAGGAAAUCCAGGACCAAAAGGAACUCGGGGCUUCAUUGGAAUCCCAGGGCUCUUUGGUCUCCCAGGACCUGAUGGAGAAAGAGGUAUUCCUGGUGUUCCUGGGAAGAAGGGCAAGAUGGGUAGGCCGGGUUUUACUGGGGAUUUUGGUGAGCGAGGACCACCAGGGCCUGAUGGAAAUCCAGGAGAACUGGGUCUACCUGGUCCUAAUGGAGUACCUGGUCUUAUUGGGGACAUGGGACCUCUUGGAAUCAUGGGUCUUCCAGGGCCUGAUGGACCCAAGGGGGUAUCAGGGAAUCCAGGAGAGCCAGGACUGAAAGGUGAUAAGGGGGAAAUCGGAUUGCCAGGAGAGCCUGGAGAGCCUGGAUUCCAAGGUGACAAGGGUAUUCAAGGUUUGCCUGGAAUGCCAGGCAUCCGAGGGAGGCCAGGGCCACAGGGGAAACCUGGAGAUCAUGGACCAGAUGGUUUGCCCGGCCCUCUAGGCCCAGAGGGAUUUCCAGGUGAUAUUGGACCACCAGGACAGAACGGCCCACAAGGCCCAAAGGGGAAGUCAGGAGCAAGGGGCAUACCUGGUCCAAGAGGAGCAGCUGGACUUGAGGGUGAUGAAGGACCAGUUGGACCAGCCGGGCCUCCAGGACUGGAGGGUAGGCCUGGGAGAAGGGGAUUCUCAGGAAAACCAGGAGCAGAUGGGCCCCAGGGCGAGUCUGGAAUAACUGGAAAUGUUGGGAUGCUUGGUGAGAGGGGGCUUAAGGGGUUUAUAGGGCCUCCCGGUGAGACUGGCCUUCCUGGAGAGAAGGGAGAUCGAGGAGAGACUGGUCAGCCAGGGCCACCUGGAGAAAAUGGAGCGAUGGGGCACACAGGAACACCAGGUGAGAGAGGAGCACCUGGACCACCAGGAAUGCCUGGCCCUGCUGGUUCUAGAGGUCUCAGUGGCACUAGAGGACCUAAAGGGAGAAGGGGGCCAAGGGGGCCUGAAGGACCACCUGGGGAGAAUGGACCAGUGGGGCGCAAGGGUCUGGAUGGUCCACCAGGGAAAUUGGGUUUAACAGGCCAGAAGGGAAAAAUGGGUGAACCAGGGGAAGCUGGACCACCGGGAUUCCCAGGUAUCCAAGGACACUCCGGAAUACCAGGAGCAAAGGGAAUCCCAGGAAUGCCUGGACCUUCAGGGCCACCAGGAACAAUAGGCCCUUUGGGAGAGAUUGGCUUGAUGGGCCUACCUGGAAAAGUCGGGGAAGUGGGCUUACCUGGAGAACCUGGGGAGAAGGGAGCUGUUGGGCCUCCUGGGAACAUCGGUGAACCUGGCUUAAUUGGAAUAAGAGGCGAGCACGGGCUCAGCGGAGAAGCCGGGCAGAGCGGCCCUGAUGGAGCCAAGGGCGAAAAGGGGGACAUGGGAGUAGACGGUGAGCAAGGAGAAAAAGGAGAGAUGGGUCUGAAAGGAAAGGAGGGGCCACCUGGAGAUCCUGGCCUAGUUGGCGUCAGAGGUCCUGAAGGCAAACCUGGCAAAAUCGGUGAAAGAGGAAAACCAGGAGAGAAGGGUAGCAAAGGUCACCAGGGUCACCUUGGCGAGACUGGACCAAUUGGUGAGCGUGGUCCCGUGGGUUUCCCCGGGCCAAAAGGAAACAGAGGAACCAUCGGAUUUGUGGGUGCACCAGGAAGAAUGGGCCUACAAGGAAAUCCAGGCCUGCAGGGAUAUGAAGGUCACCAGGGACCUCAGGGUCCAAUUGGCCCCCCAGGACCAAAAGGUGCAAAGGGUGAACCAGGGGAUGAUGGGAAGAUUGAAGGCCCUGCUGGUCCUCCAGGUGACAUCGGCCCUGUUGGUCCAAGAGGAGUCAGAGGAGAACCUGGUGACCCUGGCUACCCAGGUCAGCAAGGUGUGGAUGGAGAAAGGGGCAAACCUGGAGCUCCUGGAUUGCCUGGAAACCCUGGUCCAAGAGGAAUUCCAGGACCCAAAGGCUCCAAAGGCGAUCAAGGCCCAAAAGGCAAAAAGGGUGCUCAACGCGAACCUGGCAGCAGAGGGUCUCCUGGUCCUGUUGGUCCCCCUGGUCCCAGAGGGGUCGUCGGGCGAGAGGGACCUGAGGGAAGUCCUGGCAUUGAUGGAACUCCUGGAAAAGAUGGGCAUAAAGGAAUGCCAGGGGAGCAGGGAAGUGAUGGAGAAAUGGGUUUAACUGGAAAGCCAGGUCCACGUGGCCAAACAGGGCAACCUGGCUUACAAGGGAGUCAAGGUUCCUUUGGACCAAAGGGUGACAGAGGCUUACCAGGUGAGAUUGGACCUAUUGGGAAACGUGGAAUCCCUGGAACUAUGGGGAUGCAAGGGAAACAAGGCAGCCAAGGAGUUAAAGGUCAACCUGGCGAUCCUGGUGAUAUGGGAUUAUCUGGACCUCUUGGAAACUUUGGACCUAAGGGUCCACCUGGUGAUGUUGGUCCUGCUGGUAUCCAGGGACCACGAGGACCCCAAGGUUUGAUGGGAUCGAGAGGUGCCAUUGGACCAAUCGGGAUCAUUGGACCCAGCGGUUAUUCAGGACCUCAAGGGGAUAAAGGAAGUCGAGGGGAACUGGGUGUACCAGGACCAAGGGGCCCUCCAGGUCCUCGUGGACCACCGGGACCCCCAGGUCCUCCUGUUUCUUCGCUGUCUCUUAAGCCUGAGGCACUUGAUUCUGCUUUUCAAGUCAUAUUUGAGUCGUACUCUGCACUGAGGUCUGAGACAUACUCAGACAUAGACCUCCCCAUGCUGGACCAGGGAACCGAGAUCUUUAAGACCCUUCACUACCUCAGUAACCUGAUCUACAGCAUCAAGAACCCACUGGGAACGCAGGAGAACCCAGCCAGGAUAUGCCGGGACCUGCUGGACUGUGAGCACAGAGUGAACGAUGGCACUUAUUGGAUUGACCCAAACUUGGGCUGCUCCUCUGACAAAAUUGAAGUCACCUGUAAUUUCACAGGCGGAGGUCAGACCUGCCUGAGGCCACUCACUACAUCCAAGUUGGAGAUGGGUGUAGGAGUGAUCCAGAUGAACUUCAUUCACCUGCUGAGCUCAGAGGCAGUGCAGCUUCUCACCAUCCACUGCUUGAACAUUUCUGUGUGGGCAGAAGAGGCAUCCAGACCUCCAUCCAACAAUGCUGUGAGCUUCAAGGCCUGGAAUGGAGAGAUAAUCGAGGCUCGAGGACUCAUUCAGCCUGAACUGCUAAAGGAUGAAUGCUGGAUGGCAGACGGUCGGUGGCAUCAGACCCAGUUCCUUUUCCAGACACAGGAGCCCAACCUGUUGCCUAUAGUCGAUGUGCUGAACCUCCCAAACAAAAAACCAGGCUUUAAUUAUCACCUGGAGGUGGGACCUGUGUGCUUCAUAUAGAGCACAGAAGGAAAGAACAGAGAGGUGUCGUGCUAUAGCUUGGCGCUCUGAGAUUUUUGGGCUCCCACUGCACAGACCUGGACUGCAGACUCAGCAUGGAGGAAAAUGAGAUCCAGAGCAUCUUGAAAGUAAACAAGACUUCUCAAGCUGGAGGCUUAAUGAACAAAAAGCUCUUUUUUAAAGGACUACUUUCUCUUUCCAGCUGUUUUUCAAAGAAGAUUUUAAGAAACUUUGAGCACUCGGUCUCAAACUGCCAAAAGAGUUAAUUUAUUCACACAUUUGUGCUUUCCUGUUACAGAUGGGUGCCGAAUUGGAAGUUCAACACGUAUUUACAUUUACAGUACUUAU